ACAUCACAUCUCCCAAAAUUCAAACUAGACAAUCGACGUCUCAAAAGGAGAUGACGAAAGGACCAGUUACGACAAAUCCGGGUACUGGAAAUUCUAAAGCAGAUAUUUGGGAGAAAGAAGAGAUGAAGAAGAUCAAAGAACGGUAUAAGAAACUGAAUAAAGUGAUACUUGACUGGGAGUCUAAGAAGAAGAAAAAGGCAAAGCGUCAUUUAGAGCAAAUUGAGGCAAAAUUAGAUAUGCGAAGGGCGAAAACAAGGCAAAGUUUUUACAGUGAUAUUGGAAGGAUUGAAAACAUUGCUGGAGGAGCCAAAUCACAAGCAGAGAAAAAUCAAGCAAAUGAAGAGCUUAAGGCGAAAGAGAAAGCAAAUAAAAUCAGAUCAACAGGGAAAAUUCCAGCAACAUGUUUGUGCUGUUAAACUAAGAUCGAUUACAAGAAAGCCGUAAAUAUUGUACAAUACUAACAUUUGGAAGAUCUAUCAAACCUUAUGCAGGCAAAAGAUGCAUGGAAUAAACUUUUAUUGUUAACGAAUGUAAAACAAACUGUAUAUAUUUUCCGAUUGAGGAACAACACGUUAUUUUUUUCAUUACAAUUCUAAACUGCAUUCCCUUGGG